AUGCCUUUUGCACCAUUUGUUAGUGUAAACCACUAUAAGCAGUCAAUUUUAUUGGGAGCAAACUUGAUUUCUAGCAAAGAUACUGAGACAUUUGUGUGGUUAUUCGAGACAUGGUUGCAAUACAUGGAUGGUAAAGCUAUUAUCACUGAUCAAGAUAGAGCGAUGAAAAAUAUAAUUGCAAUUGUCUUUCCAAAUACCCAGCAUAGAUUUUGUCUUUGGCAUAUACUGAAGAAAGUUCCUGAGAAGCUUGGCUCAUAUGGUUUGUACAAAAUUGGGAUGAAGAGUGCAUUGAUGAAAUGUGUAUAUGACACCCAACGUGUUGAUGAGUUUGAGAAAUGUUGGGAUCAGUUGCUUACCACUUACAACUUGCAUGAGAAUGCAUGGUUGCAGAGCCUAUACAUUGAGCGUGAGCAUUGGGUACCGACAUUUUUGAAGGAGUGUUUUUGGGCUGGAAUGAGUACAACGCAGCGAAUCAAGAGCAUGAAUGCAUUCUUUGACGGUUAUGUACAUUCUAGGACAAACUUAAAGGAGUUUGUAGACCAAUUUGAUAACGCGUUGAAAAAAAAGAUUGAGAAUGAAAAUCUCGCAGACUUCCAGUCAUUUAAUGUCACAAUGCCCUGCAUAUCUAAAUCUCUGAUUGAAAAUAGGUUCCAAGAGUUGUACAUGAUAGCUAAGUUCAAAGAAGUUCAACAUCAAGUCAACGGUAUCAUUCACUUGAAUCCAAAGUUACAUAAUUCUGUUGGUGCAAUAACGACAUAUAUGGUUGAGGAUGAAGUUUGUUUGGAAGAAUUCACUAAGUUGGUUAAACAUUUUGUGGACUUUAGUGAGGAAGAUGCAAUUGCAAAGUGCUCAUGUGGAUUAUUUAAGACAAGGGGGAUAUUGUGUCGGUACAUUUUGGUCGUAUUCAGGUGUAACGAUAUUAAAUAUUUGCCAGAAAUAUAUAUGUUAGAUCGAUGGAGGAAAGAUAUUCAAAGACGAUACACAUUAAUCCACAGUAGCUAUGAUGAAGGGGAACAACAGCCAGAUUCUAAUAGAUAUUCAAGUCUUUUAAGUAUCUGUUAUCAGAUGAUUACUCAUGCAACGGGUUCGACUAAGCAUAAUGAGGAUGCGAGAACUAAGUUAUAUGCAAUGAUUGAACUAUAUCAUGCCAAUGAAGAACCCCCAUCGAUGAUUCAAAUUGGUUCCAAUGUUGAUACUGGCAAAGGACACUACGGUCAGUUAUUCUGGAGAAGUACAUAG